CUUUUCCAGCAGGCUUGGAAGUCAAUCAGAGCUUUCUCACUGCCAGCGGCGAGGACACGUUCCUUUCAACCACGUCGGUCUGAACUUCCGACGGAAACAUUUUCCGGAGUGCGGGUGGUCUGGGAAAGAUGGAAAACUAAAGGCCUUUCUGACGCAAGAGGCUGGCCGUUGCGUCUGAAGGUGCAGGAUGAGAAGAUGGCGCAGCUGCUUGUACCGCCAGGACCAGACAGCUUCCGCCGCUUUAGUCGCGAGUCCCUCGCCGCCAUCGAGAAGCGGAUCGCCGAGGAACACGCCAAAAAACCCAAGGGAGAGAAGAGGAAGCGCAACGAUGCGGACGACCUCAAGCCCAGUCGCGACUUGGAGGCGGGCAAGUCCCUCCCCCUGCUGUACGGGGACGCUCCCAAAGGCUUGGUGUCCACACCGGUGGAGGACCUGGAUCCAUACUACAGGAACCAGAAAACUUUCAUAGUCAUAAACAAAGGAAACAUCAUCUUCCGAUUCAACGCCGCUCCCGCCCUUUACCUCCUGAGCCCCUUCAACCCUCUUAGAAGAAUAUCCAUUUGGAUUUUGGUUCACUCGUUGUUCAGCGUGGUGAUCAUGUGCACCAUCCUCACCAACUGUGCUUUUAUGACGCUCAGUCGGCCGCCUGACUGGGCCAAGAAUGUGGAGUACACCUUCACCGGCAUCUACACUUUUGAAUCCCUGGUGAAAAUCUUAGCCCGAGGGUUCUGCGUAGGCAAGUUCACGUUUCUUAGAGACCCGUGGAACUGGCUGGACUUCUCUGUCAUCGUCAUGGCGUACGUCACAGAGUUUGUCAACCUGGGAAACUUUUCGGCGCUGCGCACGUUCAGGGUGCUGAGAGCUUUCAAGGCUAUUUCUGUGAUCCCAGGUCUAAAGACCAUCGUGGGCGCAUUGUUCCAGUCAGUGAAGAAGCUGUCGGACGUGAUGAUCCUCACCGUCUUCUGCUUGAGCGUGUUCGCACUGAUCGGCCUCCAGUUAUUCAUGGGCCACCUGAAGCAGAAGUGCGUCUUCAUGCCCGUACACAACCACUCCGUGCUCAACACCACCUACUCCGACGACGCCUUCCUCAACGCCACGGAACCCGCUCCCCAUGAAGCGCCCUUCAACUGGACCGAGUACUCGCUGGAUCGGCGGAACCACUACUACCUGCCGGACAAGCGGGAUCCUUUGCUGUGUGGGAACGGCAGCGAGGCCGGGCAGUGUCCUGAGGGCUUUUCCUGCAUCAAGGUGGGGAAGAACCCGGACUACGACUACACCAGCUUCGACUCCUUCGGAUGGGCCUUCCUGUCGCUCUUUCGACUCAUGACGCAGGACUACUGGGAGAACCUCUACCAGCAGACGCUGCGGGCGUCGGGAAAGCCGUACAUGGUGUUCUUCGUGCUGGUGAUUUUCCUGGGCUCCUUCUACCUCAUCAACCUGAUCCUGGCCGUGGUGGCCAUGGCGUACGAGGAGCAGAGCCAGGCCACCAUCAAGGAGGCUCAGGAGAAGGAGGAGGAGUUUCAGGCUGUGUUGGAGCAGCUCAGACGGCAGCAGGAAGACGCUCAGGCGGCGGCGGUGUCCGGCGAGCGCGGGGAGGUCAGCGACGGUCCAGGCGGCGCCGAGAGCUCCUCGGAAACCUCCAAGCUCAGCUCCAAGAGCGCCAAAGAGAGAUGCAACAGGCGAAGGAAAAGGAAGGAGGAAGAGAAGGUCCCCGCAUCCGAGUCCCAGGAGAGCAUGAAGAAGGCCCGAUGCCGCUUCUCCAUGGAGCCCAACUUACUCCACCGUGACAUGAAGUGCUCCUCCGCCCACCAGUCCUUUCUGAGUAUUCACGGACCCCCAUUCUCAUCCAGACGGAACAGCAGGACCAGCGUUUUCAGUGACGUGGGCUCAGAAAAUGAUUUUGCGGAUGAUGAGAACAGCAUUUUUGAAGACAGCCAGACCGGAAGGAACUCUUUGUUUUUCCCCCGCCACAGCAGCAGCAUCAGCCAGUCCAGCUUCUUUCCACAUCCACUCCUUUCGCCCCGCAGGACCAAGCGCAGCUCUGUAGACUGCAACGGGGUGGUGUCCUUAAUGGGGACCCAUUCUAUCCCAUUGUCACCCCUGGGCCGCUUCUUUCCUAAAGUGACAGUAGAUAUGAGCUCCACUAGAGACAAAGCUGACACCACCACGGACACGGAGGGAGGAACAAACCAGGAAGGUGCAAACGUUCUCGAGCACCCGGAGGUCCGGGACCGAACUCAUAGCGUGGCAAGUGUCAUAACCAGCACUGUGGAAGAGCUGGAGGAAUCGAGGCAGAAGUGCCCCCCCUGCUGGUACGACUUUGCACACACCUUCCUCAUCUGGGAAUGUUGUCCAGCUUGGAUGAAGAUUAAGAAGAUUGUUAAACUCAUUGUGAUGGACCCGUUUGUGGACUUAACCAUAACGAUCUGCAUCGUCUUGAACACCUUGUUCAUGGCCAUGGAGCAUUACCCAAUGACCAAGAGCUUCUCCAGCAUCCUGGUUGUGGGCAACAUGGUGUUCACUGGCAUCUUUACGGCUGAGAUGGUCCUCAAGAUCAUCGCUUUGGAUCCGUACUAUUACUUUCAGGAAGGGUGGAACAUUUUUGAUGGGAUCAUUGUCAGUUUGAGCUUGAUGGAGCUGUGCUUGGCCAACGUGGUCGGCAUGUCCGUCUUGAGAUCGUUCAGAUUGUUGCGAGUGUUCAAGUUGGCCAAGUCAUGGCCCACGCUCAACACCCUCAUCAAAAUCAUUGGUAACUCAGUGGGGGCUUUGGGCAAUCUGACGCUGGUGCUGGCCAUUAUCGUCUUCAUCUUUGCUGUGGUGGGCAUGCAGCUUUUUGGGAAAAGCUACAAGGAGUGUGUGUGUAAAAUCUCCAGCGACUGCACUCUGCCCCGUUGGCACAUGAAUGACUUCUUCCAUUCGUUCCUCAUUGUGUUCCGAGUGCUAUGUGGAGAGUGGAUAGAGACCAUGUGGGACUGCAUGGAAGUGGCUGGAACAACCAUGUGCAUCAUUGUCUACAUGAUGGUCAUGGUUAUUGGAAACCUCGUGGUGCUGAACCUGUUCCUGGCCUUGCUGCUGAGUUCUUUCAGCGCCGACAACCUGGCCGCCACAGAGGACGACAGCGACACCAACAAUUUGCAGAUCGCGAUCGGACGGAUCCACAACGGCAUCGCCUUUGUCAGAUCGUUGCUGCGGAGCAGCUGCAGCAGCAGCGAUCUGACGAAGAGCAGACCAAACCAGGGCGAUGAUAAGUCUUCCCUUGAUGACUUCCACAAAGCUUCGGGACCCAACGGCGUCCCCAACCACACCAUCAAGGAGCUACCAAGGAACGGCAACGGCGACGUGACCGGAGUGGACAAGAGCGGGGACAAGUACAUCGUCUGCAGCAAGACGGACGAUUCCAUCAUGUCCUUCAUCAACAACCCCAGCCUGACUGUCAACGUGCCCAUCGCGGCGGGGGAGUCCGACUUUGAAAACCUCAACACGGAAGACUUCAGCAGUGUGUCGUCCGACGCGGGAGGAUGCCAGGUGAUGGUGGAUGACGAUGGCCAGCUCAGCUCGUCUGAGGGCAGCACGGUGGACUUUGGGGACAACAGGGAGGGAGGAGAGUCGGUGGACUUGGAAUUGGAGGAAUCCAUGGAGCCCGACGGCUGCUUUCCAAACGGCUGCGUUCAAAGGUUUCAGUGCUGUCAAGUCAAUGUGGAGGUGGGCCGCUGGAAGAUGUGGUGGACUCUCAGAAAGACUUGUUUCCGGAUUGUGGAGCACAACUGGUUUGAGAGCUUCAUCAUCUUCAUGAUCCUGCUGAGCAGCGGUGCUCUGGCUUUUGAGGAUGUCUACAUUGAGACCAGGAAGAACAUUAAAACCGUGCUGGAGUACGCCGACAAGAUGUUCACGUACAUCUUCAUCUUGGAGAUGUUACUCAAGUGGGUGGCCUACGGCUUUGCCAAGUAUUUCACCAACGCCUGGUGCUGGCUGGACUUCCUCAUUGUUGCUGUGUCUCUGGUCAGCCUGACGGCCAACGCCAUGGGCUUUGCUGAACUUGGCGCCAUCAAGUCUCUCAGAACCCUGCGAGCCCUGAGGCCCCUGAGAGCCCUGUCCAGGUUCGAGGGCAUGAGGGUGGUGGUCAACGCCUUGCUGGGGGCCAUUCCUUCCAUCUUCAACGUGCUGUUGGUGUGCCUCAUCUUCUGGCUCAUCUUCAGCAUCAUGGGCGUCAACCUGUUUGCGGGGAAGUACUACCACUGCGUCAACAGAUACACAGAAGAGCGUUUUCUGCCCUCAGAGGUGGAGAACAUGACGGCAUGUCUGGCUUUGGGGAAGGAGGCAGCUCGUUGGAAGAAUUUAAAAAUCAACUUUGACAAUGUGGGACUGGGUUACCUGGCGCUGCUGCAAGUGGCUACUUUCAAGGGUUGGAUGGACAUCAUGUAUGCUGCAGUAGACUCCCCAAGCAAGCCUGAAGAACAGCCCGCAUAUGAGAUCAACCUGAAGAUGUAUCUGUAUUUUGUUGUGUUCAUCAUUUUCGGAGCAUUCUUCACUCUCAAUCUCUUCAUUGGCGUCAUCAUAGACAAUUUCAACCAGCAGAAGAAAAAGUUUGGAGGCCAAGACAUCUUCAUGACCGAAGAACAGAAGAAGUACUACAACGCCAUGAAAAAGCUGGGCUCCAAGAAGCCCCAGAAACCGAUCCCCAGACCAUCGAACAAGUUCCAAGGCUACAUCUUCGACAUCACCACCAAGCAAGCGUUUGAUGUCGUGAUCAUGGUUCUGAUCUGGCUGAACAUGGUGGCCAUGAUGGUGGAAACGGACGACCAGUCCGAUCGAAAGAAGGAAAUCCUCAGCUGGAUCAACGGCGUCUUCAUCUGCGUCUUCACGGGCGAGUGUUUGCUGAAGAUGAUCGCGCUGCGCCAGUAUUUUUUCACAAACGGUUGGAAUGUGUUUGACUUCAUCGUCGUGGUUCUGUCCAUCAUCGGUAUGUCCCUCUCGGAGCUGAUUGAGAAAUAUUUUGUGUCGCCCACCUUGUUCCGGGUCAUCCGACUGGCUCGAAUCGGACGCGUCCUUCGCCUUAUUAAAAGUGCCAAAGGGAUCCGCACGCUCUUGUUUGCCUUGAUGAUGUCACUUCCUGCCCUGUUCAACAUUGGCCUCUUGCUCUUUUUGGUGAUGUUCAUCUACGCCAUCUUUGGCAUGUCAAACUUUGCGUACGUGAAGCGGGAAGGCGGCAUCGACGACCUUUUCAAUUUCGAGACCUUCGGCAACAGCAUGAUCUGCCUGUUUCAGAUCACCACCUCGGCCGGGUGGGACGGCUUGCUCGCCCCGAUCCUCAACAAGUACGAAGAUGAUUGCGACAGCGCCAUGGAGCAUCCCGGCAGUUCCGUCAAAGGGGACUGCGGUUCCCCUUCCGUGGGCAUCGCCUUCUUUGUGAGCUACAUCAUCAUCUGCUUCCUGAUUGUCAUCAACAUGUACAUUGCGGUCAUUCUGGAGAACUUUGGCGUGGCCACUGAGGAGAGCGCCGACCCGCUGAGUGAGGACGAUUUUGAAAUGUUCUACGAGGUUUGGGAGAAGUUUGAUCCGCAUGCAACGCAGUUUAUGGAAUACAACAAGCUUUCGGACUUUGCUGACGCUUUGGACCCGCCGUUACGUAUAGCCACGCCUAACAGGAUCGAAUUGAUCUCCAUGGACCUUCCCAUGGUGAGUGGGGAACGCAUCCACUGCCUGGAUAUCCUCUUUGCCUUCACCAAACGGGUUCUUGGCGAGGGCGGGGAGAUGGACAUCCUGAGGGCACAAAUGGAAGAGAGAUUCAUGGCCUCCAAUCCUUCCAAACUGUCGUAUGAGCCCAUCACCACCACGCUCCGCCGCAAGCAGGAGGACACCUCGGCCGUGAUCAUCCAGAGAGCCUUCAGAGAGCAUCUGAGGAGGUUGGCGACUGAGAAAGCCAAAGACGACAUCCCCAAGGACGAGAAGCCCGUCGACAAGGAAGAUCCGGUCACAGACAAGAAAGAGUCUUCAACUCUGUCUCAACCUUCUUGUAACAGCGUGACAACAAGCGGGAGGAACACGUCGGAAAAAGACAAUAGCGAACUGGAGCUCACGGGCAAGGAUGUCACCGAUCGGGAUGCUUGAGAAUGUCGAGAUGCCGCAAAGACGUUGGGAUUCAUGACUAAAAUGUUUACAGCGGCUACGGACUCCCGGUGGUAUGGACCUCUAAGCCAAAGAACCUGAAUGGUUGGUGCCUAACGGGAAGGUGGCAGUGAAGGCAUCUUUCAGGAGGGAUUUAUGGGUGUGGGACGCGUUCCAGAAAACACUUUAGUUCAUGCUUGAAAUUCUGUUGCAGCUCGUGUCUUGAUAUUCCGUGUCUUGGAUUCCAACUAUAUCACCGACUCUUCUGUUGCCUCCGUCUUCUGACAGCACGACUAAUUGCCUUUUUAUACACUUUUUUUUUUUUUACUUUUUACUUUUAGGUGUUCUUUCAGGGGUACGAGAAUUGCUCCGACGCUGGCUGUGCUGCAAAAUAGCGCGUAGAAUACUUGAAAAGUCCACCAGACGAUGCUGCAGUUCAUGUUCUUUCUGCAUGCGUACCAACUGUUUUUCUAGAAGUUCAGAUGUUGCUGCAACGCUUCUUCUUGCCAACACGUGUACACGGUCGGAACGUUUGUUCGCUUCUCUGUUACGUCGAAUAUUCUCACUCAUCCAGCUCAUUGUCAUCCGAGCAUUUUUAAAGACCAGGUGGGACAUAAACCGGUCGGACCGGAUAGGACAGUUCUAGUCUGAGAGGCGAAGGCGAUACCAUCCAAACGACCAUCGUAUCCAUUGUAUCCUCGCCAUCGUCAUUGGACGAUGUCUGGAACCUGCAUGAUGAAUAAAUUGGAUCUUGCACCGAGCUCUCAGACUGGAGCUGUUCUAUCUAGACUGGCGUGGGUCCAACGUAGAUUUUAAAUGUCUUCAAAGACAACCGGUUGCCAUCCAUUCAGUUCCCUUCGUUUACAUGAACAUUUGCGUCAGACUUGAAGGUCACUGCUCGAUGAAGCCAGCAGGACCACAUCAUCUGAAAAAAAGCAGAGACCCAAUCGUGCAGCCAUCAAACCGGAACCCCUCAGGGGCACUGGCUGCCGUGAGGAAUUCUGCCCAUAAAAGUAAUGAACAGCAUCGGUAAGAAGGGCACCCCUGGCGGAUUUGGUUCGCAGCCGGGAUAAGAAUCAGCACCUUCAAGUCCGAGUUCAUGGUCCUUGCCCAGAAAAGGGUUGACUGCCAUCUCCGGGUAUGGGAUAAGAUCCUGCCCCAAGUGGAGUCUUGGCCACGAGUGAGGGAAGGAUGGAACGUGAGAUGGGCAAGCGGAUUGGUGCAGCGUCUGCAGUGAUGUGGACUCUGCAUGGUUCUCAAUUUAGAGGUGGAUCUACGUUCCUACCCUCACCUGUGGACAAGAUGACCCAGAUGACUUAUAUCUCCAUAGGGUGGCUGGGCUGUCCCUUAGAGAUAAGGUGGGACGCACUGUCAUCCGGGAGGAACCACCAGUAGAACCAAGAUGAGGUGGCUCGGGCAUCUGGUCAGGGAGACCUGGGACAUUUGGAGAGACUAUGUCUCACAAUUGACCUGGGAACGCCUCAGGAUCCGCCGACAGAAAAUGGAUGAAGUGGUUAAGUCUGGAGGGAAGCUUCCCUGUUUAGGCUGCGGCCCCCCAUGACCUGACCUCGGAUAAGCGGUUCCCCCCAAAAAAGUGCAGUUUCAAAGUUGAAAACAGGAGCCAAUGGGAAAAGACGAACAAGCUGUGAGGAAGCCAAGAUUUGCACGCUGCAUGUUUCUUACCAAAUAUUUAAAGGGGAAGUGACAAACUUUCUGAUUGCGUAACGUUUGUUGUCAAGAAGGACUGUUACAAACGACAAAAGCGUUUUUGUGGGUUUUUUUUGGCUCCACCGACCCGUCGGUGUGGUGUCGCUUCAUCAGUUGCCAGUUGGCAGGGAAAACUUUGCACAUUAAUAUUUCUGAAGGUUAUCUCAGGUCACUGUGCGUUUCCCAGUGUACCGUUCCUCCAUAUUGCUGAUUCAAUUCAACGUUUAUCAUCAAAUUAAAAGUAGACGCCGGACAAUGCAUUAUCAGUGAUAUUGUCUUAGUGGGGCGGAGGUGGCACACAAGUUUCAUGUCUUUCCCUCCUGUCACGGGUUGGGGUUAUCAAUAAUAUAUAUAUCAAUAUAUAACAUUGGUUCGGUACAAACGUCUGUGAGACUGGUACAUGACGACCACUGCUGACAUCAGUGCUUUUUAUUCCCGUGUGUCUUUUGGGCGGGACUUUUUCAACGUUUUUUUUCUUCUUUUUUUUUUUUUACCUGGCCAUCUUUAUUAUCACGAUAAAUAUCAAAAUUAGAGGUAUGCGGGAUUCUACGUCCUCUCGACUUGUGUUUACAUCUGACUUGUGGCUUUUUUGUCACUGACAGCCGUUCCAUGUUUAGUGGAGUGUUUCAUACAUGAAUGCGAGCGUAUGUUGUGCACGUCAUGAAAACAUUCAAUACAUACAUGCUUUUGGAUGGAUGAUGAAAUGUUUUGGAUUUAAUAUCUCCCAUCAUAAAUAUGCAUAAUGCUGUAGUGUAUGGAUAUACUGCAUGCAAGACACUGCUGUAACCCAUUUCAGUG